AUGCAGAAGGGAAUACGACUUAAUGAUGGUCAUGUCACCUACCUGGGGCUUUUGGCGAAAAAGGAUGGUACGAGACGGGGCUGCCUGAGCAAGAAGAGCUCGGACAACACGAAAUGGCACAGCAAGUGGUUUGCUCUGCUGCAGAACAUGCUCUUUUAUUUCGAGAACGAGUCCAGCUCUCGACCCUCGGGAUUGUACCUGUUGGAGGGAUGCAUCUGCGACAGGGCGCCCUCUCCCAAACCCUCACUGUCAGCGAAAGAGUGUUUGGAGAAGCAGUACUAUUUCACCAUCAGCUUCACCCAAGAAAACCAAAAGGCCGUUGAGUUGCGCACAGAAGACGUAAAGGACAGCGAUGAAUGGGUGGCUGCAAUAUCACACGCCAGUUACAGAAACUUGGCCACCGAGCAUGAAAGUCUCACGCAGAAGUAUCUUCAUCUGCUUCAGAUCGUGGAGACAGAGAAAACAGUUGCUAAGCAACUUCGACAACAGAUAGAAGAUGGGGAAAUCGAGAUUGAAAGGCUGAAGUCAGAGAUCUCCGGGCUACUCAAAGACAACGAGAAGACCCAGGCCAGCCCCGCGGCCACGCCGACUGACGACGACGCCGAAAUCAAGAAGAUCAAAAAAGUCCAGAGCUUCCUGCGAGGCUGGAUCUGCAGGAGGAAGUGGAAGACCAUCAUCCAGGAUUACAUCCGCUCUCCGCACGCGGAGAGCAUGAGGAAGAGGAACCAGGUGGUGUUCAGCAUGUUGGACUCAGAGGCCGAGUACGUGCAGCAGCUUCACAUCCUGGUCAACAACUUCCUGAGGCCGCUCCGCAUGGCCGCCAGCUCCAAGAAACCACCCAUCACCCACGAUGAUGUCAGCAGCAUAUUCCUCAACAGUGAAACUAUCAUGUUCCUACAUCAGAUAUUUUACCAAGGUCUAAAAGCCAGAAUAGCGAGCUGGCCAACCUUAGUGCUGGCUGACCUGUUCGACAUCCUGCUGCCCAUGCUGAACAUCUACCAGGAGUUUGUGAGGAACCACCAGUACAGCCUGCAGAUCCUGGCUCACUGCAAGCAGAACCGAGACUUCGACAAGCUGCUGAAACAGUACGAGGCCAAGCCCGACUGCGAGGAGCGGACCCUGGAGACCUUCCUCACCUACCCCAUGUUCCAGAUUCCCCGCUACAUUCUUACACUCCACGAACUUCUGGCCCACACGCCCCACGAACACAUAGAGAGGACCAGUCUGGACUACGCGAAAUCAAAGCUAGAAGAGCUUUCCAGAAUCAUGCACGAUGAGGUUAGCGAGACAGAGAACAUCAGGAAGAACCUGGCUAUAGAGCGAAUGAUCGUGGAGGGCUGCGAGAUUCUCCUCGACACCAGCCAGACAUUUGUACGACAAGGGUCUCUCAUCCAGGUGCCGAUGAGCGAGAAGGGCAAGAUCACCCGUGGGCGACUGGGCUCUCUGUCUCUGAAGAAGGAGGGGGAGCGGCAGUGCUUUCUCUUCUCCAAGCAUUUAAUCAUCUGCAACAGGGGUUCUGGGGGAAAGCUUCAUCUCACCAAGAAUGGAGUCAUCUCGCUUAUAGACUGCACUCUUAUGGAGGACCCUGAGGGGACAGAUGAUGAGGCCAAAUCAGACAAGAGCGGCCAGGACAUUGAGCACCUGGACUUCAAGAUUGUCGUGGAGCCAAAGGACAGUCAAUCAUUCACAGUCAUCCUGGUGGCCUCCUCCAGGCAGGAGAAGUCUGCAUGGACCAGUGACAUCAGCCAGUGCAUAGACAACAUCCGGUGCAAUGGGCUGAUGAUGAAUGCCUUUGAGGACAAUUCCAAAGUCACAGUACCACAGAUGAUCAACAGGUCAGAUUCAAGUCUGUACUGCGAUGAUGUGGACAUCCGCUUCAGUAAGAUGAUGAACUCCUGCAAGGUGCUGCAGAUCCGCUACGCCAGCGUUGAGCGCCUGCUGGAGAGACUGACCGACCUCCGUUUCCUCUCCAUCGACUUCCUCAACACCUUCCUGCACUCGUAUCGUGUGUUCACCACCGCCGACGUGGUGCUAGACAAACUCAUCACCAUCUACAAGAAGCCCAUCAGCGCCAUCCCUGCUCGGUCCCUUGAGUUAUUCUUUGCCAGCAGUCAGAGCAGUAAACUCCUUUAUGGAGAACCUCCCAGCUCCCCGAGGGCCAGCAGGAAGUUCUCCUCCCCUCCUCCUCUUGCCAUCACCAAGAACUCAUCCCCGAACCGGCGGCGCAAGCUCUCCCUCAACAUCCCCAUCAUCACCGGGGGCAAAGCUCUUGACCUGGCUGCCCUCAGCUGCUCCUCAAACGGCUAUGCAAGUAUGUACUCGACCAUUUCGCCAUUCAGCAAGACCACCUUGGACAUCAAUAAGCUUUACGUGUCCAGCCCCGUCGCAAGCAAAAUCCCAGACGAGGGCGAGGACAAGAAAGACAAGGCGGAGGACACCUCAGGGUGCAAACAAGGUGGGCCUGGAACAGACAUUUCGAUGCGAGAGGAAGGCGACAACGAUCCAAACCAGAGUGACGAUGGGGACGCAGAGGCUUCUCCCACCAAGUCACCGACCACCCCAAAAAACCUAAAAUGCAAAAACUCCUCAGAGUUCUCUCUGUUUUCCUACAAUAAUGGCAUGGUGAUGUCCUCAUGUCGAGAGCUGGAUAACAACCGCAGUGCCCUGUCUGCUGCCUCCGCCUUUGCUAUCGCUACAGCUGGAGCCAAUGAGGGCACACCAACCAAGGAAAAAUAUCGACGGAUGUCCCUCGCCAGCACUGGUUUCCCAACCGAUCAGAGAAAUGGAGACAAAGAGUUUGUGAUCAGACGAGCAGCGACCAACAGGGUUCUGAACGUCCUGAGACACUGGGUGUCCAAACACUCCCCGGACUUUGAUAAUAACAAUGAGCUGAAGACAAAGGCGAUUGUCUUCCUGGAGGAAGUGAUGCACGACCCCGAGCUGUUGACUCAAGAGAGGAAAGCAGCAGCCAACAUCAUCAGGACUCUAACUCAGGAAGAUCAUGGUGACAGUCAGAUCACCCUCGAGGACGUGACACACCUGGUGGGAGAGGGGAAGACCGACUCCUUUGAGAGUCAUUCUGCAUUGGAGAUCGCGGAGCAGCUCACUCUCCUGGACAACCUGGUGUUUAAGGUCAUCCCAUAUGAGGAAUUCUUUGGACAAGGCUGGAUGAAGAACGAUAAAAAUGAGAAGACUCCGUUCAUCAUGAGAACAACAAAGCACUUCAAUGAUGUAAGUAACCUUAUUGCCACAGAGAUCCUGCGCUGUGAGGAUGUGGUCACAAGAGUCACAGUCAUCGAGAAAUGGGUGGCCGUGGCCGACAUUUGUCGUUGUCUCCAUAACUACAAUGCAGUGCUCGAGAUCACCUCCUCCCUCAACCGCAGCUCUGUCUUUCGCCUCAAGAAGACCUGGCUCAAGGUUUCGAAGCAGACUAAAGGAUUGAUUGACAAGUUGCAGAAGCUGGUGUCAUCAGAGGGGCGGUUCAAAAACCUGAGAGAGGCUUUAAAGAACUGUGACCCUCCCUGUGUGCCCUACCUGGGGAUGUACCUCACUGACUUGGCUUUCAUCGAGGAGGGAACGCCAAACUACACAGAAGACAACUUGGUCAACUUCUCAAAGAUGAGGAUGAUUUCACACAUCAUCAGAGAAAUCAGACAGUUUCAGCAAACAGCAUACAAGAUUGACCUGGAACCAAAGGUUGCCCAAUACCUACUGGAUAUGACCUCUGUUCUGGAUGAAGAAAGCAUGUACGAAGCCUCACUCAGAAUUGAGCCAAAAGUGCCCAACUGAUAAGGAAGGCGGUCCUUUGUGUUCUUUUCUUUGUUAAUAUUGCACAUGAGUUAACAUUCAAACAUUUGUAUAGUUGUACAUGUUUAAGAUAUUUGCUCUUCUGUACAGUGGAUGUUUAAAGUUGUCUGAAGACACAAAUCAUUUCAGCGUAUAUAUAUA